AUGUCUCCUCGCCAGUCUCCUCCCCGCCGGCCGGCCUAUAUAUGCAGAGGGAACCCGCCUCUUUCCUCUCAUGCAUCCGGCUCUCGAUCAGCAGCUCAUUUCCACCAUCGAUCCAUCAAGCAGCCAGAGCAAAACCAACAAAGCCAAUCCAUCAUGGCGGAGCAGCUGCGGCGUGGCGCAUCACCACCGUCAUCCGGCGCGGCGGAGCUGGAGCUGCCGGGGUUCCGGUUCCACCCGACGGAGGAGGAGCUGCUGGAGUUCUACCUGAAGCAGGUGGCGCAAGGGCGGAAGCUCAAGUUCGACAUCAUCCCCACGCCGGGCGGCCAAGCAGCACCAGUCCGGCGGCGGCGGCCGGCCCAGCCGCACCACGGAGCGCGGGUUCUGGAAGGCCACGGGUCGGACCGCUCCGUACGGUGCGCCGACGACCCCAAGCGCCUCAUCGGGCUCAAGAAGACGCUCGUCUACUACGAGGGCCGCGCGCCGCGUGGCACCAAGACCGACUGGGUCAUGAACGAGUACCGCCUCCCCGACGCCACCACCUGCUGCAAUGCCGCCGGCGACUCAUCGGCGGCCUCCUCCACCAACAAGUCGCCCAAGGAGGACAUCGUGCUGUGCAAGAUCUACCGGAAAGCUGUGUCGCUCAAGGAGCUGGAGCAGCGGGUGGCCAUGGAGGAGCUGGCGCGCGCCACCGCCACGCCGUCCGCGUCCGCGUCCCACAACACCGGCUCGCCCGCCGACUCCAUGUCGUCGUCGGACCACGAGGCGGCGGCGGCGGCCCAUCCCCGGAAGCAGCAGGGAGGGGACAUCAUGAUGAUGCCCGUGGGCAUCUCACCACCACCUGGGGUGAUGAGCAUGAAGAAAGAGGAGGUGGCCGAGCCGCUGCCGACGGCGACGACGGUGCUGAUGAGGCCGGCGACGCUGAGCCUGCCGCAGCUGGAGGUGGCGAAGCAGCAGCCGGCGCAGCAGGAGUGGAUGCAGGACCCAUUCCUGACGCAGUUGCGGAGCCCAUGGAUGGAGAGCUGGUCGCCCUACUACGCCAGCGUCCUCAACUUUUAA